AUGUUGGGCUUGCGCUGCCUUAGCGAGGCGGCCGUAGGCCGCGUGGUGGUGGUGUGGUGCUUCUUCAGCUUGCCGCUCGCUACCCCUCGGCGCCCCGCGCUGCCUGGGCGCGUGCGCCGGCGGCGGCGGCGCGGCGAGCGGGUCGCGAGGGCGGGGGCGCGCGCGCUGGCGGGCGAAGCGGGUGCGGAGGCCGGGCGGGGGCGGCGGGCGGGCCGUCGCCAAGCGCGGGCGCGCGGCGGCCGCCGCGCGCCGGCGCCAGCAGUCGCGGCGGUCGCGCGGGCAGCACCUAGCAGCAAGCAGGGGCGGGCGCCGGCCGCGCACUCCGCCGCCGCCGCCGCCGGCGACGCGCCCAGGCAGCGCGGGGGCGGAGGGGCGGGGAGCGGCAAGCUGAAGAAGCACCACCAGCACCACCACGCGGCCUCGGCCGCCGGCAAGGAGCGCAAGCCCAACAUCGCUCGCUCAACUUCAUGCCGCGCACGCUGCGUCUGCUGCGCGACGGCGGCGCGGAGUUCCGGCGCGCGUACGUCACCACGCCCAUGUGCUGCCCGUCGCGGUCGUCGCUGCUCACCGGCAUGUACGUGCACAACCACCACGUGUUCACCAACAACGAGAACUGCUCGUCGGCCGCGUGGCAGGCGCACCACGAGACGCGCUCCUUCGCCACGUUACUUCGGCAAGUACUUGAACAAGUACAACGGCAGCUACAUCCCCCCUGGCUGGCGGGAGUGGGGAGGCCUCAUCAUGAACAGCCGCUACUACAACUACUCCGUCAACCUCAACGGCAAGCGCGUCAAGCACGGAGACGACUACCACAAGGACUACUACCCGGACCUGAUCGCCAACGACUCGCUGGCCUUCCUGCGCCACUCGAAGCAGUACUUCGCGCGCAAGCCCGUGAUGCUGGUGCUGAGCUUCCCCGCGCCGCACGGCCCCGAGGACAGCGCGCCGCAGUUCUCGCACCUCUUCUUCAACGUCACCACGCACCACACUCCGGCGUACGACUACGCGCCCAACCCGGACAAGCAGUGGAUCCUGCAGGUGACGCAGCGCAUGCAGCCCAUCCACCGUCAGUUCACCGACUUGCUCAUGACGAAGCGCCUGCAGACGCUGCAGAGCGUCGACCAGGCCGUGCACCGGCUGUGCCAGGAGCUGGAGAGUCUGGGCGAGCUGGACAACACGUACAUCGUGUACACGUCGGACCACGGCUACCACCUGGGCCAGUUCGGGCUCGUCAAGGGCAAGUCCUUCCCCUUCGAGUUCGACGUGCGCGUGCCCUUCCUGGUGCGCGGCCCCGACAUCCAGCCGGGCACCGUGGUGGACGACAUCGUGCUGAACCUGGAUUUGGCGCCCACCUUCCUGGACAUGGCCGGCGUGGAGACGCCCUCGCACAUGGACGGCCGCUCCUUCCUGCAGCUGCUGCACCGCAACAAACAUGGAACCAACGGGAGACGCAACAAACUCAAAUGGCCGGACACCUUCCUCAUAGAGAGCAGCAGUGGGCGCCGCGACGCACCGGAACCAACGGAAAUGCGCUUCCGAGAGAGCACCGCGCCAGCCACCACCACAACCACCUCCACGACCACCACCACCACCACAACCACCACCACCCCCGCGCCUUCUACGGAGGACCCGCUCGCCGGCUUCAGCUUUCGCUUUGACGACGACAACGACGAGGAGGAGGCCGAGGAGGACCUGGAGGACGACGAGGAGGAGGAGGAGAUGGACGAGGUGGAGGAGGCGUUGGCGGCGGCGGCGGCCGCGACGGGGCGCCGCGCGCGCUCCACCACGACGACAGAGGGCCCUGGCGGCGGCGCCGGCAACAACUCUGCGGACGGCGUGCCGCUCGGGGACGGGCGCGCGCCGCUCCGCCUGCCCGUGCUCGCG